AUGGAUGAUGGAGAGGCUCUAUCUGCUGCAGAUGUGGUAAUGGAAUUAAUAAGGGAAAAACUAGACAAGGUGCCUUCCUUGCCUUCAGAUUACAGAAUAUAUCGAGUACCUGAGUCACUGGUAAAAGAAAAGCCAGAAGCUUACGUUCCUUCCAGGGUAUCCAUUGGCCCUUUCUACCAUGGUCAUCGACACUUACAACCCAUGGAAGCACGUAAGCUCCGUUACUUCAAAAAAUUUCUAAACCGGCAACCUGAAGCAACGUUGUCUAAUUAUAUUAAAGUUGUGAGAGAUUUGGAAGAAAGAGCUUACCAAUGUUAUCCAGAUGGUUUAAAAUUUGAAAGAAACAACUUUGUGAUGAUGAUGGUGGUGGAUGGUUGCUUCAUACUUGAGCUACUACAUUUGGAUGAGAAUGAAACUACGUCGUCAGAUGGGAAGUGGAGUAAUCUAGCUACUCUGGACCUGAUUUUGCUUGAAAACCAGCUUCCAAUCUUUGUUCUUGAGGCAUUAUACCGAGUCUUCAUUAAUGGCAGGGUCAAUGAUUCUUUUCAUCGAGUAGCCGCCACCACUGCCACCGCCGCCACCAUCGCCACCGCCACCGCCGCCGUGGUGGUUGCAGCUGAUGAUCAUACAAUAAGGACCCAACUCUAUGGUCUUAUUUGUAAGUACUUUGUACCUAAUAUUUUGAGAUCACUCCUUCGCAAAGAAUACAUAAUCAAUUACUCCACUCGUGAUCACAUUCAAGAAUUAAAACCAGAGGAUGUUGAUAGACCAAAGCAUUUGCUUGAUUUUGUAAGACGAUUCCUCCUCCCACCACCACCCCCAAAGAACUCACUUGAACAGCCAAAGGAGACUUAUGAUGGCCAAAGGAAGAACAAAGGAGAGCUAGAGAAGGCGAGUGUCAAAUUCGAGAAGAACAAGAAGGUGACAAGCUUGUUAGACAUAAAAUUUGACAAGAAGGGAGUUUUGACAAUCCCAAGUAUAGCAAUUGAUGAUGGAACAGAGAUUAUCCUCCGAAACCUCGUCGCCUAUGAGCUAUACACAGAAGAUCAUAGUUAUAUCACAGAGUAUGCAAACUUCAUGGAUGGUCUCAUUGAUUCUAGAGAGGAUGUGGAAUUGUUACAGGAUAAUGGAAUUAUUGUGACAAUCAGUGAUCCAAGUGAGGUGGCUCAAUUAUUUAACGGUCUUCUCAAACAAGUUAGGGUAUUUGUUCGUGAUACCAUCUCUAUUCGUCUUGAGGUGGAAGAGUAUUACAAUAUUAGAUGUCACAAAUGGAAGGCAAGCCUGAUGCUUAACUAUUUCAGUAGUCCAUGGUCAUUCAUAUCACUUGUUGCUGCCAUUAUUCUCCUCGCCUUGACCAUUAUACAGACCAUUUACACUGUUUUGUCUUAUCAUAGUUAG